GUCUGUUUACUUACUCAGUUGUCGUCUUCUCUCGCUGUGCAGUGUGGCUGUAUUGCUGUGGAGUCUUCCUGCAGAGAUUUCGAAGGUCGGAGCUGUGAAGUUCACGUCGGAACUGCAAAGAGAGCGCGGUCGCUCCUGGACCCGGAUGCGGCAGUCCGCGGAGGAGUGAUCCGGAGAUAGCUAAACAACUGCAAAGGUUUCGCAGUUUACUAGCUGUUCCGUUCGUCGAGGAUCGGCUGUGUGUGUCGGGAUGCCCAUCCUCAGCGGCCAGAAGAAGUCGGGCAGCGAGAGGAGUCCCAAGCACGUUCAGGGAGCCGGGCCCGGGGUCAAGAAGAACACUGCCACGCCCCCGCUCCCCGCUCCCCCGUCCCCAGCGGUAGGGGGCCCACGAGCGGCCCCGACUGGGGGUCGGAGGGUCGUCCCACCUCGACAAGAGCUGAUAUUUCACUGUCAGUUGGCUCACGGUAGCCCCACCAAGGAGAUAAAAGACUUCACCAAUGUCAAAGAACUCUAUGCUCGCAUUGCAGCUGCAUUCGGCAUCUCCCCAGACCAGAUCAUAUUCUGCACUCUCAACAGCCAUAAGAUCGACAUGACAAAGUUACUCGGAGGCCAGAUUGGUCUGGAGGACUUCAUAUUUGCCCACGUGAAGGGCACGGAGAAAGAGAUGACUAUAAACAAGACUGAACCGGCUCUCGGGCUGACCAUAACUGACAACGGAGCUGGUUACCCGUUUGUCAAGAGGGUACGAGAGGGGAGCGUCGUGGCACAAGAUGAGGCGGCCACUAGAGUGGGUGAUCUCAUCGUCAGUAUCAACGGUAGGAGCAUGGUGGGUUUGAGGCAUUUCGACGUGGCAAAGACGCUGAAGGAACUGCCGCUGUAUCAGGAGUUUAGUCUGAGGCUCGUCGAACCGCAGAGAACGUUCGGUAGGUUGCGUGUGUGUGUGUGUGUGUGUGUGUGUGUGAGUGUGUGAGUGUGCUUUCAAGCUUUCGCAAAAUUUGAGAGUCAUUUGUAAGCGUUUUCUCGACAUUUGUGCAGCGAUGGAAGAAAUGCAUGAGAAAGUAUCCUCUGUGAGAUUUGAAUGUUUCCUGUUGGGCAGUUUUGGUGUACACAUGUUUUUUGCCCACUAGGGCUGGCUUAAUUGGCCACUGCUCUCUCGUAAAACCACUGCCUCUUCAUCCAAAACCAUAGGGUGUGGUUCCACUAUAGUAUUGCUGUGUUGACAGGAGUAUCUUUGUUCUUUCAUCAAACAAACAUUGAAACUAUAAUAUUUCACACUAUAUUUUUGAAGUGUGUAUACCAACGAAGACCAAAGGAACCGCCUUUUGAAGAGUGGCUUUGUCCUAAGAGCUCUUUUUCCGCCCAUGUGUCUACAAAAAAUGCUAAAUCGUUGACACGCUCGUGUAGGGGAGGAUGUGAAAUUUGGGCAAGAAGGGGAUAGGUGCAGCGAGAUGGAAGAUGUUACCAUUCCAUACUCCAACUUUAAUCAAAGCAUUGAGGAUAGUUGGGUCAUCUCUUUUUCCGCUCAUGUGUCUACAAAAAAUGCUAAAUCGUUGACACGCUCAUGUAGGGGAGGACGCGAAAUUUGGGCAAGAAGGGAUAGGUGCAGCGAGAUAGAAGACAUUACCAUUCCAUACUCCAACUUUAGUCAAAGCAUUGAGGAUAGUUGGGUCGUCUCUUUUUCCGCUCAUGUGUCUACAAAAAAUGCUAAAUCGUUGACACGCUCAUGUAGGGGAGGACGCGAAAUUUGGGCAAGAAGGGGAUAGGUGCAGCGAGAUAGAAGACAUUACCAUUCCAUACUCCAACUUUAGUCAAAGCAUUGAGGAUAGUUGGGUUGUCUCUUUUUCCGCUCAUGUGCCUACAACAAAUGCAAAAUCAUUGACACCCUUAUAUAGGGGGACAGCAAACUUCGAUAUGUGGUAGUACAAUAUAGCAAAAUUUGGGCGAGAUAGAGAUAGGUGCAGCGAGACAAGAUGUUACCAUUCCAUACUCCAACUUUAAUCAAAGCAUUGAGGAUAGUUGGGUCAUCUCUUUUUCCACUCAUGUGCCUACAACAAAUGCAAAAUCGUUGACACGCUCAUGUAGGGGAGGACGCGAAAUUUGGGCGAGAUAGGGAUAGGUGCAGCGA